UCUCAUCUUCCAUACAAUAUUCAAAACAUCAUUAUGAGGGAAACUUUCCGUGCUAUGCUUGUUCUAGUUGCUGUAUUGUUCUUUGGAGCUGCAGAGUUUUGUUCCGGUCGGAACACAAGCUUUAGCUGUAUAGAAAAGGAGAGAAAAGCCCUCUUGAAGUUCAAACUUUGUUUCCAUGAUCCAUCGCAUAUGUUGUCUUCUUGGAAAAGCAAUGACUGCUGUGAAUGGAGAGGAGUAGGCUGUGACAAAAAUAACGGAUAUGUUAUCUCGCUUCAACUCAGGGGAUCAGUAUUUGCUAAUCAACGACCUCAAUUGUACUUGAUUGACGAUGUAGAGGAGGUUGGUUCAAGUUUGCUCAAGUUGAGAUACUUGAAACACCUGGACUUGAGCAACAAUAAUUUCAGUGGCAAUCUUAUUCCACCCUCCUUUGGCUUGAUGAAGCAGUUGAGGUACCUAAAUCUCUCUUAUGCACAGUUUGGAGGAAGAAUUCCUACGGAACUUGGAAAUCUUACAAGGCUUCAUGUCCUUGAUCUUUCUUCAUAUUAUUAUGGGGAAUUGAAGGUCGAUGAUGAUAUUCAGUGGAUUUCUCAUCUCUCCUCUUUGCAACGACUUGAUAUGAGUGGAGUAAAUCUAAGCCAUGCCUCAUCAAACUUGUUUCAGUUAAAGAGCAUAGAUCUUUCUGACAAUCAAUUGAAUGGGAGUAUUCCAGAUAGCAUCGGGCAACUUUCUAAGUUAGAGAGCAUGGAUCUUUCUGAGAAUCAAUUGAGGAGUAUUCCAGAUAGCAUCGGGCAACUUUCUGAGUUAGAGGGCAUGGAUCUUUCUGAGAAUCAAUUGAGGAGUAUUCCAGAUAGCAUCGGGCAACUUUUUAAGUUACGGAUCAUGUAUCUUUAUGAGAAUCAUUUGAGGAGUAUUCCAGAUAGCAUUGGGCAACUUUCUAAGUUAGAGAUCAUGGAUCUUUCUGAGAAUCAAUUGAGGAGUAUUCCAGAUAGCAUCGGGCAACUUUCUAAGUUAGAGAGAAUAUUUCUUUCUAGCAAUCAAUUUAGAAUAGGAUUUCCUAAAUGGCUUCAAUUACCAAAGACAAUAAAGACGGUUGAUCUCUCUAAUGCUAGCAUCUCAAGUCCUCUUCCAGAAAACAUAGGUCAUAUGAUGCCAAUGUUGGAGGAAGUAUAUCUUGCAAAUAACCUCAUGAAAGGUUCAAUUCCAAAGUCACUAUGCAAUUUAAAAUAUUUGGCAAUACUUGAUCUCUCAAACAAUAUGUUAUAUGGAAAUAUUCCAAAGUCGCUAUGCAAUUCAAAAUCUUUGGGAUAUCUUGAUCUCUCAAAUAAUAUGUUAUCUGGAAGUAUUCCUAAUUGUUGGAGAAAUGAUCAAUCAUUCUUUUUUAUUGAUCUAUCUUCUAACAAUCUCUCAGGUUUAUUUCCGAGCACAAUGGUGCAGCUUUCUUCUUUAAGUUUACUGCACUUGAACAACAAUAGUCUCCAUAAGGGAUUGCAUGUGGCAUUGAAAAAUUUCACUUCUUUAUUGGUUUUGGAUUUGGGUGAAAAUAAAUUUUCUGGAAAUUUAACAAGCAUUGUAAGGGGGGAGAUCAGCAACCACUCUUUAAAGGUUCUCCGUCUGCGAAAAAAUUUGGUUUCUGGUUAUAUUCCUUUGGAACUAUGCUCUUUCUCUCAUAUGCAAAUUCUAGAUCUUGCAGAUAACCAUUUGACAGGAAGCAUUCCUCCUUGUUUUGGAAAGUUUCCGAUUAUGGUGAACGCAACGCAAUUGAUCCAUGACUUAUAUGGUGGAUAUUGGGAUGAAGCACCUUUGAUGGAGGUUGUGAAAGGGAGAUACCUUGAGUAUAAAAGACUAACUCUGAGACUUGAGAUUAGUAUAGAUCUUUCAAGUAACAAUCUAAUAGGAUCCAUUCCAGAAGAGCUAAUAUUGCUUAAGGAUUUGCACAAUUUGAAUCUGUCUUGGAAUCAUCUCUCAGGAAAGAUCCCUGAGAAACUUGGGCAAAUGGAGAAUUUGGAAUCUCUUGAUUUCUCCAAGAAUGGCCUUUCAGGAAUGAUCCCAAAUAGCAUGUCAAGUUUAACCAAGUUAAGCCACCUCAACUUGUCCUACAACAACUUGUCAGGGCUAAUUCCAACAGGUUAUCAACUCCAAACACUCGAAGAUCCAACCAUGUAUGCUGGCAAUCCUCAACUUUGUGGAGUUCCACUCUUGAACAAAUGCUCAAAUGACACACUACCUCCAACAACCGCCAACUUCAAGGACAAUGAUGAAGGUGCACUUAAAAGAAUGUGGUUUUACAUUGUUGUGUUGUUAGGCUUUGCAACUGGAUUUUGGGGAGUUGUGGGAACUUUAAUUUUUGUAAAGAAUUGGAGAUAUGCUUAUUUUCAAUGGGUGGAUGAUGUCCAACACUGGAUACUUGUAGUUAUAACAUUGAAAGUGUCAUGUUUCAAGAAGAUGUUCAAUGGCAACAAAGAUGAUCAAUGAGUUAUAUAUGGAGUAAGUUGUUGUUGCUACAAUUAUUAUUAAAUUAGUUGAAGAACCCUAUGUUACAAGGUAUAGUGUUCGGUCCAACUUUGAAUGGCCCAACAUUGAAUUGGCCAAUUUUAAAUGUACACAUAAGUAUUCGAGUUUGUAAAGUCUUCAAUAAUAUAACAUAGGCUGUAGU